AUGGAUGAUAGAGUUCUUUUAAAAGUGUAUUAUUUUGGUCAGAUUUUGUUACAAACUGCUGAAGGAGUGAAAUUUAUUUGUGAAAAUCCGUUAGAUGUUGUUAUUCCCUUCACAAUCUCAUUUGAAGAGCUCAAAGGUGUGAUCUGUGAGAAGAUUGAUUCCGAGAUGUCGAGAAAAAUAUCUUGUAUUUUAUACAGAUAUCCCAUACCGGUGUUCGGUGGAUUCGUCCAAUUUGAAGCCAAAUAUGUAACCGACGAAGCGAGUUUGCAAGAGAUGUUUUCAAUGUAUUUUGAAAGUCGUGCCCGAAUAUCGUUCAUUGAGUUGUAUGUGGAAUUCAAACAAUCUGAGUCCGACCGGAAUAUUGUACGAGAAGAUUACAAUAGUGACAGUGAAGAAGAGUUUGAAAGCAAUUACGAAGUUGUCGGUCCAGACGGGGAUGAAGAGCAAGGUGAUGGCACUGUGGCUCCAGAUGUGACAGAUGUGGCAAAUGCACUCGUAAACGAAAUGCCCUUUGAGGAGCCAUCUUUCAUGCGAGUGUUGGAUUUGGAAGCCAUGCAUGUUCCGGAGUUUCCGGAAUAUACGAGUGUAGAAAUUCCUAUUGUCGCAGACGGUGAAUUUGCUGUCGGGAUGGAAUUCGGUUCUAGAAAAGCUGUUAUUAAGGCGAUGAAGGAAUAUAGCAUUCGAAGAAGUGUAGACUACCGGGUAUAUGAGUCGGAGCCGUUGACAUUUUAUGCAAAGUGUACACAGUAUGGGUCUGGGUGUGAUUGGUAUAUCAGGGAUCAUUCGAAGUUGGAUUCAAACACAAUUGCAGAAACAAUAAAGCCGUUGGUUGAGGCUGACCCAUCACUAAAGGUAAAAUCAGUUAUUGCAGAAGUGCAAUCGAAGUUCAAUUACACUGUCAGUUAUCAGAAAGCAUGGUUGGCUAAGCAGAAGGCCGUAGAAAUAAUAUUUGGAGGUUGGGAAGCAUCGUACGAAGCGUUGCCUAUAUGGUUUGAGGUUAUGUGUCAUAAGGAGCCAUCCGCUGUCGUCCAUUUUGAGACUAUGCCUGCAUAUCAAGGCGAUGACUUGGUGAGUGAUAUCCGGGUAUUGCAUCGAGUCUUUUGGAAUUAUUACCCAUGCAUUAGAGCAUUCAGGCAUUGUAAGCCAGUUGUGCAGGUGGAUGAGACUCACUUGUAUGGAAAGUAUAAGGGUUGUCUAUUAGUGGCAGUUUCACAAGACGGCAACAACAACAUAGUCCCAAUUGCUUUUGCUAUUGUCGAGGGAGAGACUUCUAAUGCGGAUGGUGUGGGGCUGGUAUCUGACCGACACGAGUCAAUCAAUGCAGCUGUGGAGCGGAGUAAUGGAGCUUGGUCACCUCCUAGAGCUUUCCACAUGUUUUGCAUCAGGCACAUUGAGUCAAACUUUUUGAGAAAAUUCAAGGCACCGUACUUGCAAAAACUUGUGGUUAAUAUAGGAUAUUCCCGGAAGGUGCGUGAGUACGAAGUGCGUUAUCAGCGUCUACGAGAACGGGGCGAGGCUUACACCAACUGGUUAAACCGAAUCCCCUGGGAACAGUAUGCAUUGGCAUUCGACGGUGGUUAUCGAUGGGGUCACAUGACGACAAACCUAGUCGAAUGCAUUAACUCUGUGCUGAAGGGUGCACGCAAUCUUCCGAUCACUGCACUCGUCAAAGCGACAUUCUACAGGCUUAAUGAGCUGUUCACCCGAAAAAGAGCCGAGGCGGAGGCUCGGAUUACUGCUGGCUUUGUAUUUUCGGAGGUUGUGACCACUAAAUUGCAUACAAACCAACUUGCAUCAGGAAACAUCCAGAGAGUUUCAGGUAGACCGGAUUCCGUGUCGACAUGUGUUUGCAUGUUGUGCAAAUCAACGACUGGACUUGCAAUUGUACGUGCAUGGUAUCUAUAA